GCUCUGGAAAGUAAACAAUAGAAUUAGUAACGCGUAGAUCGGCGAUCGACGAGGCGAGACGAAGGUGUUGAAGCGAUAAUUCGACCGCCGUCAGUUCGCGGCGGAGAGGCUGCCGCCGAGUAGUCGACUCUCGAAGAAGAAUCGGAGCACGUAGUACGAUCGUUGAUUUCGCGGUGACCGCGCGAAACACGGCGUUUUGAAUGCGGCGAAACAUAACCGCGUUCCACGCUCUGCGCAAAUAUGAGAUCGAUUUACCGGGUAUCGUUUAAAUAGUGCCACGAGGGAGGAGGAGAGAUCGCCGAUCGUUAAUUUCGGACGACUGGCACGAGACGUGAUCGGACGGAUCGAUCCGCCCGUGAUUAACGAAGACCAAGAAAAAUGUGCGACAAGUAUGUCAUCGGUUACUGGGUGCCCGAGAAAAAACGGCAGAAAUUCAAUUGGAACGAUUUUGAGGAUGUAUGCGAGUCCGAGGGAUUUCAGUUGAAAAUGAUCGAUGUGAGUUCAAGCCUUGAAAAGCAGGGACCAUUACAUGUUUUUCUACACAAAUUGACAGAUAUGCAAUCGCAUGCAGAAAGUGGUGAUAAAAAUGCUGCGGAUAUUGUUUUGCGACUGCAAGAGUAUAUUGCCAAACACCCAGAUUUGGUUGUUAUUGACCCACUGGACAAUAUUAGAAACUUACGCAAUCGAUAUAAAUCUUAUGAAUUUAUACAGGAAGGCAUUCAGUUUAAAGAUAUAUUUACUCCUAACUUUGUAGAAAUCAAAAGCAAAAAUGUUCACGAAAUAGUAUCAACAUUAAAAACGCGUGGUAUUAAAUAUCCAUUUGUUUGUAAGCCACUUAUUGCAUAUGGUUCGAGCGACGCACAUAAGAUGAUGAUUAUCUUUAACGAAAGGGAUUUGAAAGACUGUCAACUACCUUGUGUUGCUCAGGACUUUAUCAAUCAUAACGCCAUUUUAUAUAAAUUAUUCGUAGUAGGCGAUCGUUUUCAUGUGGUUGAGCGUCCUAGCUUCAAAAACUUUUAUCAAGAAGACUGUAAUUUGUUAAGUACAAUAUUUUUUGAUUCACAUGAUAUAUCGAAAAGUGGGAGUAGAUCUAAGUGGUCUAUAUUGUCUGAAGAUAACAUUCCUUUAACUGUAAAGCCAAAUUACCAAAUAUUCGAAAAGAUCGUGAAAAAUAUUCAAGAAAUAUUUCGGCUUGUUCUAGUUGGAAUAGAUGUUGUAAUCGAGAAUCAUACUGGAAAAUAUGCGAUAAUAGAUGUUAACGUGUUUCCUGGGUACGACGGCUAUCCGAAUUUUUUUGAGCAUUUAAUAGAUAGCAUUAAAAAAUUGUUGUUAGAACGAGGGUCUUACAGACAAAAUUCCAAGGGCUGUACAUUGAAAAAGUGUCAAAGCGAUGAUCUAGAUUCUGGUUUUGAAAGUGAUGAAAAGAGAAAAUCCACAAAAUAAAUACGUAAUAUAUGUGAUGGACAAUGUAUUAAGUUUAAGCGAAAUUAAGCUAUUAGAAUUAAUUACGAUGAUAGCGUCAGGAUCUAGAACGCGUUAUUAUUACGCAUAUGCGUCUAUACACAUUUUUUUUUAAAGAGGAAUAAAACAUUCGACCUUGUAAAUUUUUCCCAAGUUAAUCCUAUUGAAUGUAUAUAAUAAUUUUGAUAUUAAAUUUUUUUACAA